AAAAGCCACUGCGAUAUCAUCGUUUUACGACAAGCGAACUUGAGUACUUGGUUUUAUUCAGGCCAUGAAGACCUUUAUCUACGCCGCUGCGAUAGGUUUCGCAGUUUUGGUGGCUGGCGAACAGGACGGUGGAGUCUCAUCGGAUGAUGAUGUAGAUUAUAACUCUGGAUGCCCAUUUUUUGUUGCUGAGAAUUUUACUGGAUUCGUGACGGUUGUUUCCUGCAGCCACCAGUGCAAUAAUGCUACGGAGACUCUAGACGACGACACACGCUGCUUUGAUAUUGGAGAUGAUGUACUUUAUAGGAUGACGCCAAACAUUGCAUACUCGUGUCCACUCGGAAAAUGCAAGAACGGGACCUGCGUGAGAAACGGAAAGCAUGAGACCUGCUACAGGAGAAAUAUGCGUGAAGAACUUGAGUAAAGCUUCGGCUCUAUGUCGAGAGUUUCGCACCACCAUCA